AUGUCGUCCGUUAAGACCGCGACGACCGCGCCAGUGUGGGCUUCAGGUACCGCCAUCAUGGACUUGCCGACUGAAAUUCUGCGCGAGAUUUUCAACGCCGUUGACAGCGAGUUUUCGAAGACGUUGUGCAGCUUUUCACUUACUUGCAGGCAUUUCCACGGCAUCGUUGAGGAGUACUGCGAGCCGGAGUACAACCUUCUCUGGGAUGGAGCAGCGCGAUUUGAUAAGGCGCCCACGAACAGACAGCGAGCACUUCGCUCUUGGAGCCGCAUCUGGAAAGCUGCGAGCGAGACGCCGUUUCCGAACUUGAAGAAGGCUAUGGUCCAGACGUAUGGACUCGACGGUUUGGAUGAGGAUAGCAAGGCUAUCUAA